AGUUUUUUUUUUUUUUUUUUUUUCCUUUCACCUUUCUUUAGCAUGCGACCAUGGGGAAAGUGACGGCUUCUGUCAGUGGGGGAAGUCGGGGUGGUUUGGUGCCGAGGGAACGGCUGUAACUUCUACGUGACCAUGGUACCUGUUGAAAACGCAGAGGGCCCCAGUCUGCUGAAACCGAAGGGGCGAGCAGCCGAGACUGAUGGCAGCGACAGAGCCAGCGGCGGCCGGCAUCCUCCCUGGGCGAGAGGUUGCGGCAUGUUUACUCUCCUAUCAUCUGUCACGGCUGCUGUCAGUGGCUUCCUGGUGGGAUAUGAACUUGGGCUCAUCUCUGGGGCUCUCCUGCAGAUAAGAACCUUGUUGGCCCUGACCUGCCACGAGCAGGAGAUGGUGGUGAGCUCCCUCCUCAUCGGGGCCUUACUGGCCUCUCUCGUCGGAGGGGUCGUGAUUGACAGGUACGGAAGAAGGGCUGCCAUCAUCCUGUCCUCCUGCCUGCUUGGAGUUGGAAGCCUGGUCUUGAUCGUCACUUUGUCUUAUGCGGCUCUCAUAGUGGGACGCAUUGCCAUAGGGGUUUCCAUUUCACUCUCUUCCAUCGCUACCUGCGUCUACAUCGCAGAGAUUGCUCCCCAACACCGACGAGGGCUUCUCGUGUCACUGAACGAGCUGAUGAUUGUCACUGGCAUUCUUUUCGCCUAUGUUUCGAAUUACACAUUUGCCAACAUUUCCCACGGCUGGAAGUACAUGUUCGGUCUCGUUAUCCCCUUGGGAGUUUUGCAAGCCAUUGCCAUGUACUUUCUUCCUCCAAGUCCUCGGUUUCUGGUGAUGAAGGGACAGGAGGAAGCUGCUAGCAAGGUUCUCGGAAAGUUGAGGGCCGUCUCCGAUCCAACGGAAGAGCUCACGGCGAUAAAAUCUUCCCUGAAAGAUGAAUAUCAGUACAGUUUUUGGGAUCUCUUCCGGUCAAAGGACAACAUGAGGACUCGAAUCAUGAUAGGCUUGACACUGGUGUUUUUUGUACAAAUCACGGGCCAGCCAAACAUAUUAUUUUAUGCAUCCACUGUUUUAAAGUCUGUUGGCUUCCAGAGCAAUGAGGCAGCUAGCCUCGCCUCCACGGGGGUUGGGGUGGUCAAGGUCAUUGGCACCAUCCCUGCCACCCUUCUUGUAGACCACGUGGGGAGCAAAACCUUCCUCUGUGUUGGCUCCUCUGUGAUGGCAGUUUCCUUGGUGACCAUGGGCAUCGUGAACCUCAACAUCCACAUGAAUGUCACCAAUAUCUGCAGAAACUAUGGUCCUAUCAACCAGUCCCUGGAUGAGUCUGUGUUUUAUGGACCAGGUAACCUGUCAGCCAGCAAUGACACUCUUAGAGAAUCCUUUAAAGGAAUGACUUCCCAUGGCAGAAGCUCAGUAAUGCCCAUAAGAAACGACAUGGAUAAGAGAAGAGAAAUGACCUCGGCAUCCUUACCAAAGGCUGGACCAAGCCAAACUGAAUACCAGGUGGUCACAGACCCUGAGGACGUCCCAGCUUUUUUGAAAUGGCUGUCCUUGGCCAGCUUGCUUGUUUAUGUUGCCGCAUUUUCAAUCAGCCUAGGACCAAUGCCCUGGCUGGUGUUGAGCGAGAUCUUUCCUGCUGGAAUUCGAGGACGAGCCAUGGCUCUAACUUCCAGCAUGAACUGGGCUAUCAAUCUCCUCAUCUCUCUGACGUUUUUGACCGUGACUGAUCUCAUUGGCCUGCCAUGGGUGUGCUUUAUUUAUACAAUCAUGAGUCUAGCAGCUCUGGUUUUUGUGCUUGUGUUUAUUCCCGAGACAAAGGGAUGCUCUUUGGAACAAAUAUCAAUGGAACUAGCAAAAGAGAACUAUGUGAAAAACAACAUUUGUUUUAUGAGUCAUCACCAAGAGGAAUUAGUGCCAAAACAGCUUCAAAAAAGAAAACCCCAAGAACAGUUCUUGGAGUCUAAGAAGCUGCGGGGUAGGGGACAACCAAGGCAGCUUUCUCCGGAGACCUAGCAGCCGCAAAACCUCACAGAUGUUGAUACAGCGUACGAACACUUAGAGUGUCUUCCCACCAUACACAGUUGCCACUCGUUCUACCCCCCAAAAGGUAGAUGAGGUACAAGGUCCCAAGUGAUCUCUUUCCUACUGAGCAGAAUACCAGGUUAAAAAUAUUAGCUGGUUCACUAUCUACCACCUUUUUCACAGAGGAGCCUUUGAAAGACCAUGAACUAGUGAUGCCAUCAACUUUUACCUUAAGGCAUGUAUGCACAGAGGCCAGUGGCGGCUUUGUUUUUCAGACACAGAAGUGGUCUGAUCCCAGGCUUACAGUUUUUGGCCUACUGAGACACACCUUGCACUGGGUCAUGUGCAAAAAAGAACCAAGACAUAAUGUGGACGACUGCACACAUAUUCUAGGUUAGGACAGGGUUCUGGUUAGGAUUCUAGUGAUAAUUUCUAACUACACACAAGUAUAAAGAUUAUAUGACGUAUUUUAUGAAUUAUAAACUACAGUGUAAUGCAAAAGAUCCUUUUUGAUGUUAGUAUUAUAAAAUAAACAAUUAUGCAAUAGGAGAAAAGUAAGCAUUUUUUUCCAUCCGUUUUUAAGUAUGAAUAGAGAGGACAAUUUGAAAAUCCUGGGACCAUAUUUGUUUAGAAAUAGCUGUUAGGCAAACAUGAGCAAAGGAGUCAGGCCAUUAGGGUAUUAUUUAGCCAAAUCUGUACGUAAUUAGGUUCAAGUUACUGAGCUUAUACAAUUCUCUCUUUGUAAGGUUUUCAUGAUAACCUCACAGUGGUCCAUAGUUUCUUACAAUUCUUUGCAGUCCUCAGGGAUAUCACUACCUCAGGUUAAGGCAUACAGGCUAUAUAUAAUCUAUGCUGACCUUCAGAUGCCUGCAGACAUAAUAAAUGACAUCCAGACAUCGGGCCAGUUCCCUCACUAUGCUCUUCUCUAUGAUGAAACACAGAUCACCGACUGCGCCACACAUUUGGGUUUCACCUACACAAUGGAUUGCUCUCUUCUGCAUUUCUCCAGUUGAGUUUUGAGACUUGGGGAGGCAUUUUACCAGUAGAAUUUGGAUGCAAUGAUAGAAAAUCUACAAUAAAGGAUCUCAAACCACUUAUGUAGUAACCCAUUAAAUUACAGUAUUAUUAGCUAUGGGAGACACACACAAAAAGGAUUGAGCAACCGAACUUCAAAAAGAAUACAAUAAUGAUUACCUUAAAGAAGAGAAUCCUAAGAGUCAAAAACUUUUUGUUUGACUUGAAAUCUUUCUAUUGGCCUUUAACAGUGUCCUAGUUUGAUAUGAUCUACUGCAUUCCCUGAAAAUGAAGAGGUUUCAAGACUACAGUCUAUAUAAGUGAUAGUAAAGCUGUAUUAUCAGAAACUCAGGAGACUAGACGACCAGGUUCUGAAACAUACUAUCUAAAUUAAAAUUGGCAGGGCAAGUUUUAAGGAGCUUUGUCAUCUGCACUCUGUAUGAUUCAUUUCAGAUGCAAGUCAGAGCACACACUGCUUUGUUCAUGUGUUUUAGAGGGAGUAGGCAAAGUAUGCUCUGUAGAGGAUCAAUUUAAGAAAUUUAUUAUACCACCUUCAGUGGAAUUAUAUGCUGAGAUUUUAAAAAGGCAGGACAGGUAAUCAUAUGAAUUUUCUUCUUUGUCAAGCAUCACGGAUUGAGAGAUGUUUAACAAAACUGUUACAUGUUUCGCUGUGCGGUUCAAACACAGUAUAUACUUUAGUUAUUUCUUGGUUUAGUCAUGCAUUGCGAAUGAGCAGGAAAUUGUUUAGGAACCUGGUAGGUUUAUCACUAAGUGAUUUCAACUUCGGUAUCUUAAACGCUCUCAUGCUUUUCUUAUUAUUCAGCCUUUAUUGAAACAAAUAUAUUUUCAAGCUAAUUUUUACCCGACACGCCCAAUUAGAGCUUUUUGACUUUCAAAAAUAAGAAAGGGGGAAUACAUAAUUUGUAUGUACAUAUUCACAGUUUUUAUUUGUUAAAAAAUGUACAGCACUUGGGAAAAGCCAGAAGACAUCAGACACGCUCAUUUCUUACCAGCUUUGUUAAAUGUAAAGGGUCACCCAAGACACUGCGCCAGGCGAUACUUGAGCAGCAGCCCUGAAACCAGACCUGCUCUGAUUGUCUUUCUUCCUCUUUUCUGAGAAAGCAUUUUGAUGAGCUACUGACCUACCUAGUAUUCAAGUCACUCAAUACUGAAAAAUGUUACAAUACCUGGAUCUGCACCUUGGCUAUAUAAUCAUGUUUUUUUCCUCCCUUUUUUUUUUGUGUGUGAAUAUUGCAAAUCAGGAGAUCAGUUAUUACUGUUAAUUAAAUCUAAGUGGAAAACCUCAAGUUUUUGAAAAACGCCUGCCCAGAACCAUAACUUUCAUCAAAUUUUAUUCUGUAUAUUUUAGAAGGGUGUCUAGCCUACUGGAUCUUAAAAUGAAACAAAUAAACAACAAUGUAAAAAAUGAGAA